CUGCAGAGAAGAAUAAGUCGGCCGAAUGGGAACUCAUCAAUACCAACGCAUUUCAUCCAUACUUGUGGAAUAAGAGAACGGCAGUGCGUGCAUUACUGCACUUCAGGAUAUUUUUCGCCCCUUGGAUGGCUUUUCCUGCGGUGGAUAUCAGCUGAAUGUAGCUUUGCAGUUUGAGGCCACUAUUUUUUUCUUUUUUCUUUUUUUUAAGCUGAGCGUAAAUGCGACUUUGCGCUACUUUAUUCUCUCACGCGUCGAACGAGUAAAACGCGUUUUUAAGAUGUGAAUGUGUGGUUACGGGACGAUCGGCUAACUUCAGUAUCUUUUUCAUUCUUUAAACAAACCCUAUAACAUGGAUUAUUGUUUUGAACUGGAAUUAAAAGCCUCGGAACUGCAUGAUGUAGCCUAAAGGGAUGGAUUUGUGGAAGUCAAUCCCUUCCAGUUCUUGUGCCUAUACUAAGUGUUGGAAGCUUCUGCGUGGCUGCUGGUGAGGGAUGCCCAAAGGCCCAAGAUGCCAGGAUGCCUAUCACUCAGGACAACGCCUUCAGCAUCCUCUCACUGCUGGAGGACUGGCAUGGGGCUCAGAACAAAGGAUCACAGCAGGAUGACAACCUGAAUAAGGACAGUUCUAGUUUUAAGCAUGUGGAUCAGGACUCCUACCAGAAUGAGGAAGGGGGCAGUGUUUGCAGUAGCAGCAGUAUUAGCAGUGUUCACAUUGAGGACAUGUCCCUGUGUUUUGCUGCCAUUCAGAAGUUGGUGGAGUACAUCAAGUUUAACUUCAUGGAAGGUGACACAGCGCCAUCAGGCAGUCCAUCCUUCUGCAGGGAGGGAUUAGACGUUGAAGUUCAUGCUGUUUCCCUUAGUAAAGAUGAAGGGGAUACUGCAGAGUUUGGCCUCAGCUUUGGGAACAUCCCUAUUUUUGGGGAUCCUGACAGAAGAAAAAAGGGAGGCCCAAGGAGAAGAAGGGACAUGGGCCCCAUCAUGGAUGUGGGCUGCAUCUGGGUGACAGAGGUGAGGAAGAGGAGCCCAGCAGCUCGUUGUGGGGGGAUCAAACUCAGAGAUGAACUGCUGUCAGUGAACGGGCAGCUGAUGGUGGGAGUAGACGUCAGUGGAGCCAGUUACCUGGCUGACCAGUGCUGGAAUGGAGGCUGUAUCUACCUGAUCCUGCUGCGUCGAGUCAAGCGAAAGGCUCCUCUCCCUCCCUGUGACAUCAGUGAAAAUGUCAGUACGACUCUCCGCAGUGACAGUUGUGAAGACCAGCAGCAGGGCACAGCUGGGUCUGAGUCCUCCAAUAACUUGGCAAACUGUAAACGCACACGCAAGUUUGGUGUCAUAUCACGUUCGUCCUUUAAACGAGACAACAGGGACAGUACUUACUCAGAAAUUCGGAGCUCUUACAAUGGCCACAGCUGUUCUGCUUCCACUGAUGGAGAAGUCAACCCUCCAGGAGACGACUCGGGUUGCAUCCUCUCCACACAUACACCUGCAGAGGAAAGUCCAAACACCUGUCCUCAGGUGAAAACAGUUCCCCAGCGUCUACACAGCAGAGGAGCUGCCACUCUGCCUGCAAGAUGCCACAGUGAGCUGUUAGAAAGCAAAAUGGACUCUUUGAACAUUGACUCUUCUGGCCAGCCCAGAGACAGCUGCCUGAUCUGGAAGAUGCAUAUGGUGAAGGGUCAAGAGGGCCUGGGCAUACAGAUAACAGGGGGACGUGGCUCCAAACGCUCUCCACAUGGCAUCAUUAUAGCUUUUAUAGAGGAAGGGGGUGCCAUUCACAGGGAUGGCCGUCUUCAUGCUGGUGAUGAGCUGCUGAUGAUUAAUGGUCACUCUCUGGUGGGUCUCACUCAUCAGGAGGCUGUUGCUAUCUUCCGCUCAACUACUGGUCUCAUCCAGCUGGUGGUGGCCAGCAGGCAGGAGGAAUCAGAUGUGGGUUUCGAACGCUUCCCAUCCACCAGUCUACCAGACCUCGUCAGCACCUGCAGUUCUUCUUCCAUUAUGUCUCAAACAGCUACCCUGCCCUCUCUCCCAACCUCCAACAGUAGCACCAGUCUGCAAAACACCUGCCUGUUGACUGGCCUGGAGAAACUAGAAGUGAAAAAUCAGGGAGAGGCACUCAAAGGAUCCUGCUGCACCCCCACACCAAUGAAGCUGUGCAACCGAUCCCAAGGAGGGAGUAAUCGCCUGGAGUCAGUGGGUGAGGAUGAUGAGCUGUUUGUGGAGAAUGGUGUGAGUGGCUGUGACGUUUCAGAGAAGCCUCCACCUGGCCAUCGUAAACACUCCUUACCUCAACAGCUAGAUGCUGCUGGAAUGAGACAGGAAUAUCAGAUUAUUAAGAAAUCAGCACGCUCCCUGAGCACCAUUCAAGUGGAGUCGCCAUGGCGACUGGCACAGCCAUCCAUUAUCUCCAGUAUAGUGCUGAUGAAAGGCCAAGGCAAAGGUCUAGGAUUCAGCAUUGUUGGUGGACAGGACUCGGCACGUGGUCAAAUGGGUAUUUUUGUCAAAACUAUUUUCCCUCAUGGAGCUGCAGCAGCUGAUGGACGACUGAAAGAAGGAGAUGAGAUUCUGGAGGUAAACGGAGAGUCUCUCCAAGGACUCACACACCAACAGGCUAUCCAAACCUUCAAGCAACUGAAAAAAGGUGUGGUGACCCUAACGAUUCGAACUCGUCUGCGCAGCCCCAGCUUGACACCAUGUCCCACCCCCACCCUUCUCAGCCGCUCCAACUCACCUAACUCCUACACCAGUGGGGGUACACCUGCCCUAUCUGGGUUUGAAGAGGCUGAUGGCCGCAGGUGCCACGGUCCAGGUCCAAAAGACUGCAUCAUCAUGGAGGUCACACUUAAUAAAGAGCCAGGUGUUGGUCUGGGAAUUGGAGUUUGCUGUCUGACACUGGAGAAUUCUGCUCCUGGUAUCUACAUCCAUAGUUUGGCCCUGGGAUCUGUGGCCAAGAUGGAUGGAAGACUCAGUCGUGGAGAUCAGAUACUGGAGGUAGACUCAGUCAGUCUUCGUCAUGCUGCACUCAGUGAGGCCUAUGGCAUCCUCAGUGAAUGUGGCCCAGGACCAGUCAGUCUUAUUAUAAGCCGGCACCCUAAUCCCAAGGUGUCAGAACAGGAGAUGGAUCACAUUAUAGCUCGAUCAACACAGAGAGACAAAAUGUGCAGGAACAGACAUUCGUCACUUUCCCAAGGUCAGUCCUGGAAGAGCUCCAACUCAACAGUGAGGGACAGACAAGGAGACAACUCCCCUUCCCUCAGCUGGACCAUGAAGAGGUUCCUUGAACCUGCCAGUAGACAGGGAUCCCUGAGUUCAGAGACAGAAUUAUCACAGUACUUCUCCCAGGACUUUUCCAGCCACUCAUUCCUGUCUGAAUCCACACUGAUGGGCUCAAAUAGUGAAGAAGGGCUCCAUCAACAGAGCUUCUGUACAUUAAUGGAUGAGAUUUCAUCACAAUCACAUGCACUCACUCACUCUCUGACAGACCUGGAGAGCAGCUCUGUGUACAACACAUUGCAAGAAAAAACCUCUGUCCCUCUGAGUAACCAUGUAGAGGCAGUUUGCCAGCCGAUUACUGUCUCUAGCCCUGCCUCGGUGCAGAGCCCACUUCUCCGCCAGCAGGGGGUGAUGUGCUUUGAGGAUGAACUUGGUGAUGACGAUGACUCAGACAAUGCUGGAAACACACGGAUUUUAAAAAGGCCAAUAAAAUCUGAACCCUUUGACUUUGCACUUGAAUCCAAAAUUUCCAAAAGUGGUUUAGCAGCCAUAAUUGCUACAUCAUUGCUAGAUGCAGACAGUAAAGAUGAUGGAGAUUUGCGAAGGUGUGGAAGCAAUAAUGUGACAUCACUCCACAGUGGUCUUCCACAAGUUGAGAAAGGUAGUACCUAUAAAUUAGAGUCACCUGGUUCUAAGUCACCCUUUAUACCUAUUUGCAGCCACUUUGACAACACUGCAGGGGCAGCAAGCACUAUGAGCUCUGUAAGUAAUCUGAGUAUCCAGAGUGACAACUGUCAAGAUGAUGGACAGUUGGAUCCAAAGCGCUCCCCCAAGCUUGAACAUAAAGCAGUGACUCGGGUCAAAAGUAUGAUGAGCACUGAAACACCAAACAUGCCUCAGCAGCAAAAAUCGAAGGCUGAUGAGCUCUUUUCAGGUUUGGCUCCACUCCAGCUACCAUCCUGUGACACACAAUGUGGACAAAAUCCCAAGACUUCUGCAGGGUUAAUGCCCAGUCAGCUGUGUAAGAAAGGAGAUACCAGUGAGCUUGUGGGUGUUUGUACCAUUGAUACAGUGACCCUGAACAGACGUGAAGACGAGUCAUUUGGGCUUGACCUGGAGAUAAUGUCGUCACCUCUGAAAGUUGUGAUUGCUGGAUUAAAGCCUGGAGGCGCAGCAGAAAAGGAAAAGGGCAAAUUGUGUCCUGGAGAUGAUAUUGUCAAAAUUGGAGAAAAACUUGUGUGCUCCUCAAGCUACCAGGAAAUUUGUGAGCUCAUGCACAAUCUUCCAGUGACAUUGUCCUUGGAAGUAAAGAAACCAGUUUCAGCUGUAGAUCGACUGUCCAGUUUGAUAAUGUCGUCAGUGAACAGUGAUAAAGCCAUCAGAGAGGACACAGCCAAAUAUUUUCAGGGGACAUCUGAUGAAGGACAAGUAACAAGUGCAAAUUUGGGGAAUUCCAACCACAGAACCCAAACAGACUGCAACUUUCAAAUACCCAUCACCAAUAUAGAUGACAUUUUAUCAGAAGUGAGCCCCUAUUGUGACACAAAUACACACAUUAAAUCCCCAUUUAUAACACUAUCUAAUGAGCCUGUAUCCUGCUGUUCAAGCCAAAACACCGUAGCCCAGUCUGAGGAGGAUCUAACGCAGUUCAGGUGCCUGGAUUCCACUGCCUUGGAGACAAGAAAUGAAAAUGGUAUCAUUAGGCCUAUGGAGACAGGUGUGGACCAACAAAAAGAAAAUAACUCCGAAUCAAGUCUGGAAAGGCCUGAUGCUGGUUUUAAACAGAUGUACUCCAUGGUAGAUGACGAUUCCAACAGUGACUCCACCACUGACAGCUGUCAAACUAUAAAUAAGAUGGGUGACAGUAAUCUACAUGAACCCCUCUCUGAUGAGGAGGAAGUGGAGUUUUAUUCUUGUGAUGCCCAGCGACCUGGUGCCAGUCAACACUCCCAGUUUAAUGAGUCACCAAAUGGGUGUUCACCUCUUCACCAUGUCCACAGUCAAGAUAAAAAAUUCAAGCAUACCUCAGCUGCAGUACAGGAAUCAUCUGAUGUCUCACUGACAAAGAAAGAAAACACUGUUGUAACAAUCCAUUGCUCACAGCUUUCUCAUUUAUCAGAGGCCUCCUCUACACAACAACCAUGCCUGUCUUCCAACAGUACAUUAUCUGUGUCAACUACAGGGUGUUCCAACAAUAGUGCCACAUUCAAAGCGUGCGUGGCAUCCAGCCUGAGAAUUCUAAGCAUUUACAGGAACCACUCUCCAACAGAUACCUGCAGUGUCAUUCAUGAUGCUACUGCAGAUGUGCUUACAAAUGCCUUGCAGAGCUCAGAUUUAGUAAAGCAUCUAAAUACACAAACACCUUUAAUUGCAUCUGGGACAUCAGGUUCAAGCAGCAGAUUAGAUCCAAGUUCGUCAACAUCAGUAAUGAACACACAAAAAGUCUUAGAGUGUAGACCUAAUUUAAACCACGAUGCAAGCUCUUCACUAAAGAAGACCUCAGCCCUAGAACUCCUUGAUAACUCAGAUGGUCCUGUAUGGAGUCGUAACUUAAAACUAAUGGCUGAAAGUGGUCCUCCCAAACUGAAGGGCUUAACUAUUAAGAGUAAGAACCAACAACAGGAGGAGCUUCAACGAAAACCUUUCAGGAGUAAACAUGGCGUUUCUUUGGACAUCAAUGCAUCCUUGAAACAGUUAACAAAAUUACCACCAAAGGUAACCAUGCCAAGCUUUUUGAAGACCGUUAACCAGCCUGAUACCAGCAAGAUCUGUCUUGCUUUGUCUAGAGUAAAAGACAGAGUUCAAAUUCCAGCUGAGUAUGGGCAUUCAGGUGGCACAUCACAAACUGUACAACGGGCCAAGGAGAAGGAUAUUCAUUUAGGUUCCAAAGUAACAGUCAAGUCACAGGACCAAUCACACCCUCCUGUUAUUCAGAGAACAUUUAUAGAGGUUCAACUGUCUUCCGUAUCUGGAUCAUCAUCACCAGCUGUUACACAAAAUGAAACAAUGAUUUCAAAAGAAGCGGAAGCUCCUAAAAGUAAUACAAAUGCAGGAUUAGCACCGAUACUUUCUCCCACCAUUUCCACAGCAAAGAAAACAAAUGGUAUUAUCAGUAACAUAGUGGUGAAUUCAUUGUGUUCUACUGAAGCAGCUCCUUCAACCACAAGUAAUGGCUUAAAACCUAGUCCUAUUGUGGAGAGAGAUGAGACCUUAAAGUCCUGCACAUCCAGAUUAUACCUUAAGACAAUGAAAAGAGGAAGUCUCUCCACAGAUAAUACCUUGUCUGUGGACUACAAUCCCUUCUCUGUCCGGCAUAAAAUAAAAUCUUUUGAAAACUUGGCUAACUUUGACAAACCUGUGGCUAGAAACAGUGACAUUCAGUCUUAUGCCCUGGCAUAUAGAGCCUCACUUAACCAAAGGAUUGCUUGUUAUAUGGGCUUGGUUAAUUCCGUUGACUGCCCGGAACAGCAAAGGAGUUUUAGCUCUUAUGUGGACAAUUUAAUUCCUGUCAGACCAUGCUCACCACUUCUUGGUAAAUCUCCUGAGGUUCAAAAAGCUGUGGAUGCGAUUUCGGCACAAACCCCUCCUGUGCUUCAGAGGAAAAACAGCAGACUUCCCCACUGCCGGUUACGGAAACUCAAGGCUAUCAGUAUGCCUGAAUUGGAAAAACUAUGCACAAAGGACUUUACCAGAGGACAUGGUACAGCUGUAGAUAAAACAGAGCCUGACAUCCAUCCCACAACAGUUACAAAAGCUGCAGUGACUAAAAGCUUUCUAUGCCCUGCCACGCCAACAAAUGUAGAUGUGAACAGGGUGAGAAGAAGUGAUGCUGGAUCCAUUGGAGAGACUCCUCAGGGAACCCCAGAGACCCAUGGACAACAGUGUAGCUGGUCCAUCAGUUUGAAGGAGCUGACUACUUUUUCUGGGAGUCAGAGUAAGCUGGAAACAUUGUUGUCCUCCCUGGAAGCUAAAGCGUAUGUGUCUGAAUUGCUUCAGGACACUAAAACCAUUUCAGAGGUCAACAAUAAUACUCAGCUUGUUGUCCUGAGUAAAGAAGAAGGCUCAGGGCUUGGGUUUAGUAUUGCUGGUGGAGUUGACCUUGAGCAGAAGGAAAUAACUGUUCAUCGGGUCUUUGCCAAAGGUGCAGCUAUCCUUGAAGGCACAAUCCAGCGAGGUGACAGAAUUUUAUCUAUAAAUGGCAAAAGUCUGCAGGGUAAAACCCAUGGAGAGGUUGUAUCUUGCCUUCAUCAAGCCAGACUGUCUAAACAAGCCUUAGUGGUUGUUUUGAGAAACAAGGACAGCGAAGAAAGUAUCUCUGACAGAGCAGACUCGACUAUUCAGCCAAAUAGUAUGUGUUCUGCCACCAAGAAGAUUUUGGAAAUUGGAGCAGUGGGAGAUGUAGGUCCAGAUGAUGCUUUAACAGUGGAGCUUCACAAGACAUCUGCUGGCCUUGGCUUCAGUCUGGAGGGGGGGAAGUCCUCAAGCAAUGGAGACAGGCCUUUCAUUGUCAAACGCAUCUUUACAGGAGGUGCUGCAGAACUGUCUGGGAUUAUUGAUGUUGGUGAUGAGGUUCUGUCUAUUAAUGGCUGUUCUCUGGAGGGCCUGAUGCUCCAUGACGCCUGGAGAAUUCUCAAAACUACAAAUGAAGGGCCCAACCAACUCCUUAUACGGAAGAAGAGUAAACUGACUGAAAUUAACAAAGAAAUACCAAUAUCCUGUAAAGCUGCACUGUGACAACACCCUCAAAAACAGGGCAUGGAUGAACAAUAAAAUUAAGGACAAGUAUUUACAAAGUUUGAUUGAUGGACAUUGGUUGAGACUUUAUGCUGUGUUGUUACUUGUGUUUGUACUAAAUAGGUCAAAUAGGAUUUACAAUGUACUAUUGUGGUACACAGUGCUGAAUUCAGAUUUUUUUUCAGAGGAGAAUUGCAGUUUGUUUACAAUAAACUGACUUUGAGAGAGCAAAUAAAACAA